AUGCCUUCCAAAUUUACAGAGAUCCUCGACCCCGAGUACCAGACGUCGUCUCCUCAAGAUGAUGUUCGCCUCGAAGACAUCAUCGCAGCCACCCAUAUGUCUUACCGGGCUCGUACAUCGUCAGAGACCAGCUCACGGAGCACGAGUUCCUCCAGCGGCGACAGACCAGAAGAGAAAACUCGAAAGCGGCUGUCGCGUCUUCUUGGGAAGAGAUGA